AUGUACCUUUUGGCGGUGGCAGGCAAUGGCCUGGUUAUGGUAGUGGUGGCCUGGGACAGGAGCCUCCAUGAACCCAUGUAUUUCUUCCUGGCCAUGCUGGCACUCAAUGAUGUCCUUCUUUGUACUGUCACAGUGCCCAAAAUGCUUCUCAUCUUCUGGCAGGGCCCUUCCCCAUCAACCUUUCCUGAGUGUCUCACACAGAUGUUUUUCGUUCAUGCCCUGUUCCUCUCUGAAUCUGCUGUUCUGCUGGCCAUGGCUUUUGACCGCUAUGUGGCCAUCUGUGCGCCACUUCAUUACACAACCCUACUUACAGGCUCUCUCAUUAGCAAGGUGGCCUUGGCUCUGGUGUUUCGAAGUGUGGCUGUAGUGACCCCCGGUGUCCUCCUCAUUCUUCGUCUGCACUUCUGCGGGAGCAAUGUCAUCCGCCACACCUACUGUGAGAACAUGGGUAUUGCCAAGUUGGCCUGCAAUAGCAUUGCCUUUAAUAGCAUUUACGGGCUCACUGCGGCUCUCCUCACUACAGGGCUGGACUUUGUUCUCAUAUCCCUGUCCUACUGGGUAAUCCUGAGGACAGUCUUUAGACUACCUUCUAGGGAAGCCCGCACAAAGGCCUUUGGAACCUGUGGAGCUCAUAUCUGUGUCAUUUUGAUAUUCUAUACUCUGGCCUUCUUUUCCUUCUUUACCCAUCGCUUUGGAAGCCAUGUGCCCGGGUACACCCUUAUUCUCUUGGCAAACCUCUAUUUACUGGUGCCACCUACCAUGAACCCCAUUGUUUAUGGGGUAAAGACAAAACAAAUAAGAAUGAAACUACUAAGGCUCUGUAACCAUUCAAAAUGA